ACGAGACGGAAGAAGCUUGCUGCAGGGGCUGAGCGCGCGGAGAGCUUUUUGGGAUCCCGGCACAGCGUUUUUGACGCACGCACUCACGCACUAUGGACUACUGUUGAGCUCUUUGGGAAGAAGCAGUGCGCAAACAGAACAGCUGCUGUUGUUUUUUUUGUUUUGAAGUUGAAUAGCGUCGGUUACUUUAACACAACAGUGAGUCUAACACAGAUAAUUGCAGGUUCGGCAUGAUGAAGUUAGUCAUUUUACCGGUUUUAAUGGCUUUUUUCGCCGUCGCCCAAGUUUUUUGCGAGGAAAACGACCCAAAAGAAGAUGCGGACUACUGGACGAACAGUAAUGACAUUCAGGACGGCUGGCUUGCCAACGACCCAUUCAGAGAAAUCCUCCUGAGGAUGACAAGGAAGCCGCGGCCGCACCAGUUCAUCGGCCUGAUGGGGAAACGCUCCAUGGCAAAUGCACAGAUCACCCGCAAAAUGAUCACAUCUAAACAUAUGAAGACUGAAAAAAAAUUCUGCAAUCAACCGAAGAAAUACCCUCCAUGUGUAAGUUUGUAAUUAUGGAAUAUAAUCUCCCCCACAUUUCC